AACAUCUCGAUAUCUUGUCACAAGGUUGACACUUCGUAGAACUAUUGCACAUGAGCUUCGAGCGUGGAGACUUCUUUAAGAUUGUCGCCUUGGUCAACGGUCGACUUUUGAGCAUCUACGAUGGCGUCACAGAAUACGCUGUGGGUCGCAUCUUGAGAAGUCGUGCUUUGCCUCAACAUCGCGGUGGGCUUUACGUGGCAAGAACUCCCCAGGAAGCCUUACGUGCUACAUUUUCAUUGCCACAGAACUCCAAACUUCUGUUGGCCCCGCGGAUGCUGCUGCGUUGCCGGGUGCAAGGUCCUACAGUGGAGUACAACGGCAAGCUGGCAGUAUCUGCGUUGCUCGCACUUCAUGCCACCCCUUUGGCUGAUGCCUUUGGUGGUGCCAGCUAUGCUGCACGCUGCCGCCGUGUCAGAACACCAGUAGGAAUGCAGCUGCAGCGGUUGCAGGCCACAGAUUCCUGAGUGCAAUUGCUGCAUGCCGCAGCAUGAGAUGGCCACAAUGGCCUUCGUUGCUUUAUAGUUUUUUAAUUGAUUAUUUGAUGAAUUCGGUGCAUCAGCAUGUCAAUGGGAGUCAACGCGCUAGUUCUAUCGAACAAAA